AUGCCUCAAGAGAUUGCCGAUAUCAAGAGAUUCAUCGAGAUCUGCCGGCGGGACGACGCCAAGUCCGCCCGGAUCAAGAAGAGCACCAAGUCAUCGCAGACCAAGUUCAAGGUCCGAUGCUCAAAGCAGCUCUACACUCUCGUCCUUAAGGACACGGACAAGGCCGAGAAGCUCAAGCAGAGCCUUCCCCCGGGAUUGCAAAUCAAGGAUGUUCCCAAGAAGAACAAGAAGGGCAAGCACACUGCUUAA